UAUAAUUUAAAGCUUUCACACAUAACCCACUCCUAUAAGAUACAACAAAUCUCUUCUCUGAGAAUCUCUUCUUUGCAUUCACACUCUUGCUUGCUUGAGUCAUAACAUUAUCAGAACUCGUCUCCAGCUGAAGCAAGUGGAUGAUUCGUUGCUGCUACAAAAAAGAAUCUAUUGGGUUUCUGAUUUGAUUCGUCUCAGUUGAAAAAUGGCUUGUUCUACAGUUAAAGCUGGCUCGAUUAUUUGGGUGCAAGAUCCGGAGGAGGCAUGGUUAGAUGGUGAAGUUGUUGAGGUUAAUGGAGAAGAUAUAAAGGUCCAAUGUACAUCAGGGAAGACGGUUGUUGUCAAAGUUUCAAACACCCAUCCAAAAGAUAUGGAAGUUCCACCUUCUGGAGUUGACGAUAUGACAACACUAGCAUAUUUACAUGAACCAGGAGUUCUACAAAAUUUGAAGUCAAGAUAUGAUAUAGACGAAAUUUAUACAUACACAGGAAGUAUUUUGAUUGCGAUAAACCCAUUUAAACAACUACCAGAUCUUUACAAUGACCAUAUGAUGGCACAAUAUAAAGGAGCUUCCUUGGGAGAAUUGAGUCCCCAUCCGUUUGCAGUUGCAGAUGCAGCUUACAGACAAAUGAUUAAUGAGGGAAUUAGUCAAUCAAUCUUGGUCAGUGGUGAAAGUGGAGCAGGGAAGACUGAGACUGCUAAAUUGCUUAUGAAAUAUCUUGCGAAAAUGGGAGGUCGAGCUGUUUCUGACAAAAGGACUGUCGAAGAUCAAGUUUUGGAGUCCAAUCCUGUUCUAGAAGCAUUUGGAAAUGCAAAAACAGUCAAGAACAACAAUUCAAGUCGAUUUGGUAAAUUCGUGGAGAUUCAGUUUGAUCAAAGGGGAAGGAUAUCAGGAGCUGCUAUCAGGACUUAUUUGCUAGAGAGAUCACGGGUUUGCAAAGUGUCAGAUCCUGAGAGAAACUAUCACUGUUUUUACAUGCUUUGUGGUGCACCGCCAGAGGACAGAAGAAAACUGAAAUUAAAGGAUCCAACAGAAUUCCGUUAUCUAAACCAAUCUCAAUGUAUUAAGUUAGAGGGGGUGGAUGAUUCCAAGGAGUAUACUAAAACCCGAGAAGCAAUGAGCAUUAUUGGGAUAAGUUUAGAGGAACAGGAAGCAAUAUUCCGAGUUGUGGCAGCUAUUCUUCAUCUAGGUAAUAUAGAAUUUGUUACAGGAGAAGAACCAGACUCGUCUGUUCCAAAAGACAAGACACACCUGAAGAUUGCGGCUGAGCUUUUCAUGUGUGAUGAACAAGCACUGGAAGACUCUCUUUGUAAACGUGAAAUGGUGACACCUGAAGAAACGAUUUCCAGAUGUCUGGUUCCAAAUGAUGCGGCACUCAGCAGAGAUGCCUUGGCAAAAUUUGUAUACGCAAGAUUAUUUGAUUGGAUCGUAAACAAGAUCAAUAAUUCGAUUGGGCAAGAUCCUGACUCAAAAAACAUGAUUGGAGUGCUUGAUAUAUAUGGAUUUGAGAGUUUCAAGACAAACAGUUUCGAACAAUUUUGCAUCAAUUUGACAAAUGAGAAACUUCAGCAACAUUUUACUGCGCAUGUCUUGAAAAUGGAACAAGACGAGUACAAGAAAGAAGAGAUUGAGUGGAGACACAUUGAUUUCCCUGAUAAUCGAUAUGUUUUGGAACUUAUUGAAAAGAAACGUGGUGGUAUUAUUGCUCUUCUGGACGAGGCUUGCAUGUUAAAUUCAACACAUGUAAAAUUCUCUGAAAAGCUGUACGGGACAUUGAAAGGCAACAAGUACUUUAGCAAGCCAAAAUUAUCUCCAACUGACUUCACAAUUUGCCACUAUGCUGGUGAUGUCACUUAUCAGACCGAGCAGUUUCUGGAAAAGAACAAAGAUCGUGUUGUUGCUGAGCAUCAGGCUCUGCUAGCUGCUUCUAGGUGCACUUUUAUUGCAGGUCUAUUUCCUCCUUUAAUGGAAGAUGCUAACAAACAGUCAAAUUCCUCCUCUAUAGCUUCACAAUUUAAGCAACAAUUGGCAUCACUGAUUGAAGGUCUUAAUACUACUGAGCCUCACUAUAUUCGUUGCGUGAAGCCCAAUAAUCUCCUUAAGCCUUCUAUCUUUGAGAACCAAAAUAUUCUGCAACAGCUACGUUGUGGGGGUGUGAUGGAGACAAUCAGGGUUUGCCGUGCUGGAUUUCCUACACGAAAACGUUUUGAUGAAUUCCUGGACAGAUUUGGUAUCAUAGCUUCUGCUUCUGUAGAUAAGAGUUCUGAUGAGAAAGCAGCGUGCAAGAAACUUCUGGAGACAGUUGGACUCAAAGAAUACCAGAUUGGAAAGACGAAGGUUUUCCUCAAGGCUGGGCAGAUGGCUGAGUUAGAUGAUCGGAGGACUGAGGUUUUAGAAAGAGCAGCCUGCAUUAUCCAGUGGAAAUUCCGCUCCUACCUGACCCGCAAAAGCUUUAUUAUGCUUUGCAACGCUGCAAUAUAUAUACAGGCUGUGUACAGAGGUCAAGUUGCUCGACAUAGAUUUGAGGAUUUGCGCAGAGAAGCUGCUGCUUUGAAGAUCCAGAAAGCUUUGCGGAACCACCUUGAGAGGAAGAGGUCUUACAUAGAAGCUGUUGUUACAGUUCAGUCAGGUUUGCGCAGUAUGGCUGCUCGUGAUGUACUACGAAGGAAGAUCAAGGCCACAACUGUUAUUCAGAGCCAUUGCCGUAGACGCUUGUCCGAGUUGCACUACAAGAAGCUGAAGAAAGCAGCAGUUACGUCACAAAGUGCAUGGAGAGCAAGGCUAGCCCGUAAAGAACUGCGAAAGCUUAAGAUGGCUGCAAGGGAAACUGGAGCCCUUCAAGCUGCGAAGAGUAAGCUUGAGAAGCAAGUGGAAGAACUCACAUGGAGACUAAUGGAGAAACUCACAAGUGAAAACGCAAAACUCAAGUCCCUGGUAAGUUCGCUGGAGCAGAAGAUCGAUGAAACAGAGAAAAAAUUUGAGGAGACAAAGAAAAUUAGUGAGGAGAGGCUGAAGAAGGCUUUAGACGCUGAAAGCAAAAUUGAUAAUUUGAAAACCGCCAUGCACAAUCUCGAAGAGAAACUAAAGGAGGUGAAAUUUGAGAAUACCUUUUUGAAGGAAUCUGUGUUGACCACUCCUGUUAAAACAGCAUCAGUACGUUUCCUUUCUACUCCAGUAAAGAACUUAAAAAAUGGCCUUCAUACUAACGAAGAAAGCCAAGUCAAUGGAGCGGAGUUUACAACACCGCCAAGGGUACAAGAAUCAGGAUCUGACACUAAGUCAAGGGGAUCCCAUAUUGAUCCUCAACAUGAGGAUGUUGAUGCUCUUAUCAACUGUGUCACAAUAAAUGUGGGAUUCAGCCAGGGGAAGCCUGUAGCGGCAUUUACCAUCUACAAAUGUCUUCUACAUUGGAAAUCAUUUGAAGCAGAAAAAACCAAUGUGUUUGAUCGUCUCGUUCAAAUGAUUGGUUCUGCUAUAAAGGACGAAGAUAACGAUGCUAAUUUGGCAUAUUGGUUAUCCAAUACAUCAACCUUAUUAUUCAUGCUCCAACAAAGCCUGAAAUCUGGAGGAACGGGGGCCACUCCACUUCGAAAGUCACCUUCCUUAGUCCGAUGGAUGACCAAGGGUUUCCGUUCUCCAGCGGCUGAAGCUAUUCGACCAGUUGAUGCCAAGGAUCCAGCUUUGCAUUUCAAGCAGCAACUUGAAGCAUAUGUUGAAAAGAUUAUUGGAAUCAUUUGGGAUAACCUGAAAAAGGAGUUGAACACUUUCCUUACUCUCUGCAUCCAGGCACCAAAAACAUUUAAGGGGAAUGCGCUAAUAUCUAUAACCACUGCUAAAUACUGGCAAGAGAUUAUUGAAGGCCUAGAUGCACUGCUAAGCACACUAAAAGAGAGCUUUGUUCCUGCGGUUCUUAUUCAAAAGAUAUUCUCUCAGGCUUUCUCACUCAUCAAUGUCCAACUAUGUAACAGCCUUGUCACCCGACCAGAUAACUGUUCAUUUAUCAAUGGUGAAUAUCUAAAAUCUGGUUUAGAAAAGUUAGAGAAAUGGUGCUCCGAGACAAAAGAAGAGUAUGCUGGCUCAUUAUGGGAGGAACUCAAACAUACCAGACAAGCUGUUGGAUUCUUGCUCAUCCAUAAGAAAUACCACAUCUCAUACGAUGAGAUUGCAAAUGAUCUGUGUCCAAACCUUCAAAUACAGCAGCACUUCAAACUAUGUACUCUGUACAAGGAUGAAAUCUACAACACAAAGAGUGUUUCCCAAGAUGUAAUUGCAAGCAUGACAGGAGUUAUGACAGACAGCAGCGACUUCUUGUUAAAAGAGGAUUCUAGCAACAUCAUUUCCUUCUCGAUCGAUGACUUAUCAAGUUCAAUGCAAGAUAAAGACUUUGCCCAAGUGAAACCUGCUGAGGAACUUGUGGAGAAUCCAGCUUUCGUUUUCUUACAAUAGUAGUAGUAACUCAGAGAAACCAAAACUGCCUGCACCCUUCAAAGAACACCAUCCAAAAAAAAAUAGGAGGAAGAAUCUAAGAGAAAAUUGCUGCGAAGAGUUUUUAGAUUCGCCGAUUCGUUUAUAUGUUUAUCAUUUGUAACUCUCUAAUCAUCCCAGAGAUUUCAUAUUUUUUUCUUUUUUGCUGGGAGUAAACAAAAAAGAGACGACAAGCUUUGGCUAAUGGUUUCAUUUUAGUUAAAUAUAAUUUUAUUUCUUUUUGUAA